AUGGAGGAUCUGCGCGAGAUGGACUGUCCGGUGCUCAAGCGGCUCCUGAAGGAGGACGGCGCCCGGUGCCUGCUGCUCGACUGCCGCUCCUUUCUGGCCUUCAGCGCGGGGCACAUCCGCGGGGCCGUCAACGCCCGCUGCAACACCAUCGUGCGCCGCAGGGCCAAGGGCUCCGUGCUGAGCUUGGACCAGGUACUAGCCGGGGACGACGAGGUCCGGGCCCGCCUUCGCUCCGGGAUGUACUCGGCCGUAGUGCUGUACGACGAGAGGACCCCCGAUGCGGACGCGGUGAAGGACGACAGCACCUCCAGCCUGGUGCUCCACGCGCUAUGCGGGGACUCCACGGCCACGCACAUCUACUUUCUCAAAGGCGGCUAUGACAGGUUCUUUUCCGAAUACCCAGAGUUUUGUUUGAAGACAAAAUCCUUGCCUCCGCUAACAAGCCAGUCCAGCGUCGACUCGUCUUGUUCGUCCUGCGGCACGCCGCACCACGACCAGGGCGGCCCCGUGGAGAUCCUCCCAUUCCUCUACCUGGGUAGCGCCGUGCACGCCUCCAAAAAGGAAGUUUUGGAUGCAAUCGGCAUCUCGGCACUGCUCAACGUGUCAUCCGAUUGUCCCAACCACUUCGAGGGCGCCUACCAGUACAAAUGUAUCCCAGUGGAGGACAACCACAAAGAAGACAUCAGCUGCUGGUUUCUGGAGGCCAUCGAGUUCAUCGACUCCGUCCGGGAUUCGAGCGGUCGCGUCCUGGUCCACUGCCAGGCUGGCAUCUCCCGCUCAGCCACCAUCUGCCUGGCCUACUUGAUGAAGAGAAAGCGCGUGCGACUGGACGAAGCCUUCGAAUUCGUGCGGCGGCGGCGCUCAAUCAUCUCGCCCAACUUCAGCUUCAUGGGCCAGCUGCUACAGUUCGAGUCACAACUACUCGCCACCUCAUGCGCCGCCGAGGCCGCCGCAACAGCCAGCCCGCUGCUGGCUCCCAAGACGUCGUCGGGGGUGUCCUCGGCCGCUGCCACGCCCACUUCACCGUUUAUCUUUAACUUCCCGGUGUCAGUGGUCAACCCCGCUUACCUGCACCACAGCCCACUCACAACAUCGCCGGGCUGCUGA